CCCUCCUUAAACCCUAGCCCAUAGCAGAAAACUUUGCGCAAUUUGCAGAAUCCUCGUCCACGUUGGUCUUAGGGUUUAGGCUGAGUUUCAGUUUCUCCGAUUGCCUCAGAUGGCGAAGCGAUUAGUUCCAUUGCUCAAUCGCGUUCUGAUCGAGAAGAUUGUUCCCCCUGCCAAAACCAAUUCCGGCAUUUUGCUUCCUGAGAAGUCCAGCAAGCUCAACUCUGGAAAAGUUAUCUCUGUUGGUCCUGGGACUCGUGACAGAGAUGGAAACAUUAUCCCUGUUGUUGUAAAGGAAGGUGAAACCGUCCUUCUACCAGAAUAUGGAGGAACUGAAGUCAAGCUUGGAGAAAAGCAGUUCUAUCUAUACCGUGAUGAAGAUCUGCUAGGAACACUUCACGAAUGAUUGAUCAUGUGAAAGUUGGAUUGUUUUUCUAAGUCUUUAGUAGCUACAUGUUCUGGGUAUAGAGAGCUAGUUUAUGUUGUCUGUAUUCAAGUGAGACUUCAAACCGACAUCCAUUUCGUGUUAUUGGACAAAAUCAUGAACUUUUUACUGGAGCCAGAUGGGUAUUUUUGGCGUGUCCUAAUAAAUUGUGAUUAUUAGGCUAUCU